AUGUCACUGAUGGUGCUGGGUGGUACUCUCUCCCUCCUCCUCCUCCUCCUAUCCACGCAUCAGCAUCGAUGUCGUCACCGCUCAAGAGCCUGGGAGUGGCAGAGAGGAGGAAAGGAAGUGGAAGAAAAAGAGGAAGAAGGAGGACAAGAAGGUCGAGCAGCCGUAAGCGAUUUCCGGGAUUUCCUUCAACUCGCCACUGGCAAGCAUCCUGCAGCCUCCAGUAGCAGCAUGGCUGAGGGCCCUGUGUCGACAUCAGAGGUGGAGACGUCCUUCCAAAAGUUUGCCGUUCAUGGUGACAGCAAGGCGACGGGGAAGGAGAUGAACGGCAAGAAUUUUGCCAAGAUCUGCAAGGACUGUCUCAUCAUUGACGGCAAGAAUGUCACCACCACAGACGUUGACAUCGUCUUCACCAAAGUCAAGUCCAAGUCAGCUCGUGUAAUCACAUUUGAGCAGUUCAUCAUGGCUCUGACUGAGCUGGGCCCUAAGCGCUACAAAGGCAAGAGCAAAGAGGAAGCGCUCCAGCUCCUCUAUGGUCUCAUUGUUGGCAAGGAGCCUGCCAAUGCUGGAAUCACUAGACCAGCAAAGGCAGCGGCUGUGGACAGACUGACCGACACGUCCAAGUACACAGGAACACACAAGGAGCGAUUCGGUGAGUCAGGCAAAGGGAAGGGAAAGGUUGGACGUGAAGACAUCCCAGACAUGAGCGGCUACGUCGCAGCUUACAAGGGGAGCGGCUCUUAUGAUGACAAAGUGAAGGAAUCAUAAUCCUGAAGAUACAUAAUAUGUGAUUGUGGUCUUUCUAUAUUUUCAGAUAAAUGUUCAUGUGCAAGCAUAUAAUCGCAGGCUGCGCUUAACUUUGUGCCUUAUUAUCUAAAAGCAAAAGGCCCGUUCCAUGUUGUGGAUUGAUCAUUCUGCUGGUCUGCAUCAAACAAAUAAGUAAAUAUGCGUAAACAAAGCAGACAACAUUUUGAGAGGGCAGUUUUGGAAUCCAAAUGUCUCAUUCGUUUUUCUCGAUGUGAUCAUUUUUGUUUUUUUUGGUGCAAGAACAAUUUUUGGGAUGGAAAUGGAUUUUUGUAAAAACUGGAGCAAAUGGACCAAAAUAAACAAUGCCAUUGUCUACAGCACAAAAAAAAUGAUUGAGAAAAUGUGUCAUUCUUGUUCACUUUUUGAUGCAGACCAGUGUUAUUUGUUCUAUUUGCAGCGUUAAAAAAACUGAUAUAUGUAAAAAUUAUUCACUGAAAACGUAAAAUUGCCCUGUCAAAAUGUCACCAAAGGCGAGAGAUUUUGGUUUCAAAACUAUAAAAACCAGUGAACACAUAACUUGCAUGGCUUACUACUCUCUUGAUAACUAUGCAUAUAUGCAACUGGAGGUUGAGAGUUGAAUGGGGACAGGAAUGACCCAUAUCAGAGUACUGCUUGAUUGUAGUUGUUGAUACAAUAGGCCUGAAACAGAUGGUUACACUUUUGAGACGUUGCUGAGUGAGCGUUUCACAAUGUAAAGAAAACUCUUGCAGAAUGUGAGUGGAUAUCGCUCCCUCAUACCUGAAACAGAAGCCAUUCAUAAAGGUCAGAUACCAAAGUUGACCAUAUAUACAGUGCUCAUGUGUUUGCACCUCUCUGCAUCUCAUUCUAGCCUCAUGUAUACUCGAUAAACAUCACUUGUUUUGUGUAUCCAUACACUGAAAAAACAACAACGUCGAAUUACUUAAUUUCAACAUGUGCAUGAUUAAAAUGUGUCAAACUAACAUAAACGAUCUCAUUUUCGAGGAAAAGCAGGGAAAUUUUAGUUUCACACUUUUGAAUCAUGUGCAACCUAAGAAUAUUUACUAUAUUUUCCGCACUAUAAGGCACACCUAAAAAACAUUCAAUUUUCUCAAAAGUGGACAGUGCGCCCUAUAAUCCGGUGCGCCUUAUACAUGGAUCAAUAUUCAGAUUUCCUGGACGUAGUAUUUUAAAUGUUCUGGAAAGUGCUUUGUUACAGCUGUAGCAGUUGUUAAAGCUCUGUAUAAAUAAAGCUGCACUUUUUUGUACUGUAUUCCCUUUAGUGCUGGUCCAUCUAGUGGAUGGAUAACAUAACUGCAGCCACAAUUGUAGCCUCUAUUCUAUGCGCCUUAUAAUGCGGUGUGCCCAUAUAUGAAAACUGUUUUAAAAUAGGCCAUUCAUUGAAGGUGCGCCUUACACUCCGAAGCGCCUUAUAGUGCGGAAAAUACGGUACCUUUUCCCCUCAUUGUACUUGUGUUGAACGAUGUAAGAUGAACCAAUUGACUUUUAAACUGCCACACCUAAGACAUUAAGUUGAGCUCUCAUCAUUGUCUUUGCAAAAUAUAUACGUAUAUGCAGCAUGAAGCCUUUUGACCGAUUAACUGUAUGGGACCUAAUGGAAAUGUCUCCAUUGUAGAACAAAAUAAAGCCAAUGCAGUGCCACUACUAGAACGAAAUUUUCAAUAAAGUAAUUACAACAUUAAAA